UAAUCUUCUUCACUUGUCUUUAUGCCCAUAGAUGCCAAUUUGCCAUUGCCCUUACGCACCCCACACUCAGUGACAUUCACGAUCUAAGCGCUCCUUCUGUCUCUCUCUCUCUCCAAUUUUCAUUCAAUUCUUCACAAUCUCCGGAUCACCACAUGACCCUUUCCAUUUGCGUUUCUGCUUCCCAAAACUCGAAACAAUCUACCCCCUCAAUCCCCUCUCUUUCCACCCGUUUCUGAUUGCCUUAUUUGUUUUCUGGGUAUUUCGCCUUGGGAUUCUUUUUUUCUUUUUUUCCCUACAAAUUUUCUCACCGGGCUAGUUUUCUCAUCGCCCAAUUUUCUUUUUUUAAUACUAAAGUUGGAGUCUUUCUAUGUGGGUGUGCGAUUCUUGAUUUGCUUUUGUGCUUGUCUGUUUUUCCCAGUUCCGUUAUUCCCUAAUCUCUAUGCGCGUGAAAUCCUUGAUUUGACUUGUGAAUGUCACUGGCUGCUGGAGGGGCUUCGAGCUCAGAAACUAUGGGGGAUGAGAAGAAGGACAAGGAGGGGGCGACGAGUAAAGCCGCCAUUGUUGCUGAUUCGGACGCUGAGACUGACAAUGAAGCAGUUGAGCAUAAGCCUAGUGGGCACAUGAGUGAGGGCUCCUUAUGCACUACCGAGGACGAGGAAGACGAGGACGUUGCAAACAAGAUUCAGUUGGGCCCUCAAGUUACUCUCAAAGAGCAGAUUGAGAAAGAUAAGGAUGAUGAGAGUUUGAGGAGGUGGAAGGAGCAGCUUCUUGGGAGUGUGGAUAUCAAUGCUGUCGGAGAAUCUCUGCAUCCGGAAGUUAAAAUCUUGAGCCUUUGCAUUAAAUCGACUGGUAGACCUGAUAUUGUUCUCCCUAUCCCUGCGGAUGGGAAACCUGAAAGCCCAUGGUUUGCGUUGAAAGAAGGGUCUCGUUACAGCCUAGAAUUCACAUUCGAGGUCAACAAUAACAUUGUCUCCGGCCUCAAAUACACAAAUGCAGUUUGGAAAACCGGCAUGAAAGUGGAUAGCACGAAAGAAAUGCUCGGGACCUUCAGUCCUCAAGCAGAGCCCUACAAACAUGAAAUGCCAGAAGAGUCAACCCCUUCUGGCAUGUUUGCUAGGGGAUCAUACACUGCAAAGACAAAGUUUAAGGAUGAUGACAAUAAGUGCUAUCUGGAGAUCAACUAUACAUUUGAAAUCAAGAAAGAUUGGUCAGCAACAUAAACACAGUUCUUGCUGAAACUGUUACCUAGAUUGUUCUUGUUUUUUUUUUUUUUUUUUUUUUUUUUAUAAUGUUGGUUGGUUGGUUGUUUAUUUCAUUCCUCUCUGUAAAAUUCUCCGAAAAGGAAAUUAAAAACAGGGAUAGAGGGAGAAAAUCCUUGUGCACUUGCUUUGAACAUUGAAUUGGAUGGUAAAAGUUUUAGCAGUUAGACUCCUUUUUUUUUACUGAUUUUUCAUUCAAUAAAGUUGAGUUUUGGCCCUGCAA